UUUAUUCUUUACAAUCUAUAUACCUACAGCUAUGCAUGUCUAUUGUCCAUAUAUUAUGGCUAUAUUGUCUAUAUAGCAAUUUUAUUCAAAUUAAUUUGGUGAGCUUAAUAAUUAUUAUAGGAAUUCUGUAGGUGCUGAAGUACUGUUUAUUUAUUUAUUUUUUAUUCACCUUAUACUUAAUACCUUCCAUAAUUUUAGUUGUUAGUAAACCCCCUUACAUUAUAAUGGCGUAUACUUUAUUUUAAUUCGUACGUUCAAGUUGUAUGUUUACUUUAAUUAUUAAAGUAUAGUUAUUUUAUUUCAGGUACUAUGUUCUCAGUUUUUGUGUUGAGUUACAAUAUGAAAAUAAGUGACCUAGCUAUUGGUAUUUUAGUUUGCAUUAUUUAUAUCAUUGCUGCUGUUGUAUACGUCAUUUCAAAUCAAUUUUGGCAAAUUUUCAUUAUUGGCAUGAUAUAUUUAUGCCAUGGUAGUGCUGUAACUAUUAUAAUUUCAUUAACAUCUAAAAUAAUGGAGAACGAUCGUCUCGGACGAUUGUAUAAACUAUGUGAUAAUAUGUACUUCACUAAAUUUGGUCAUUUUUGUUUAGUGAUUUUGAUGUAUGUCAUUCUGACUAUACCUAUUUUAUUUGUAUACAUGACUCUAUAUUCAAAGUGUAAAGACUUCUGGGAAAGGGAUGCUACAAGAACUUUAAGAACAAGACAACAAUCUAUUUAUGUCAUACGUACCUAAUUAAAUCAUUUCAUAAUUUCAUAAUAUAAUAUAUUAUGAUGUAAUAUCAAUUUCUGUACCUAUAAGCUUUUAGAAUAUUGUAUUGUAUUUUACAUUUGUAUUAGGUAUAUUUAUUGGAUUUCUUAUCAAUAUUAUAGGCUAUUUUCAU